ACAUUCCUCAAUUCAAGCCUGUAAUUUCAGCCCAUUCCUUUUCUCCCCAUUUUGUCCUCUUCUCCCUUUUCAUUCCCAUUUCUCUCCCAAAUUCCUCUGUUUUGGUGUCUCCUCUUUCCUCUAAUGGGUUGUGCUACCUCUAAGCAGAAGCGAUGCCCCCACUGCCGGAACUCAAUGACUCAAAGAAGCAACUCUCUUCAUGCCCACCAAUCUCUACCGCCGCUGCAACCCGACAGCCACCACGUCGUUGCCUUUUCCUCUUCCACUCUCGGUUCUCUCAAGCUCGAAAACAUUCACUUCGACAACAAAAUCUACACCGCCGUUGAUGUUGAUGAGCCUCUCUACCCCCAAAACAACGCAAUCAAGAAUGAGGCUUCCAUGGGGCUAAUUGAGGCCAAAACUUGGUCCAAUAUGAUCAAUGACAAAAUUCCCAAAAUUGCCCCCAAAACUCCGAUCAUGACGCCGCCCGGAGAGCCGGAGACCAUUAAUGUUUGGGAAGUCAUGGAAGGCCUCGAUGACAAUAGUCCCUUCCGUCCGAUAUGUCGACCUCGAAGCUUCUCCUUCGAUGUCAGUUCAAAUCCGAUAUGUGUUUCCUUAGAACAGGGGAAUUCAAAUUUGAAGGAAAUUAACGAUACCUUCACUCCCUACAAACCAUUCUGGCUUCAAGAAACGGAUUUGGACCCUGAUAUGAUAUCUUCGUUUAGGAAAUCCUUAGAGGAGCUUCCUCAGGAGGAGGAGGACCCAUUUCAUCUCCGGCCACCGGAGGACGAAUCACCGGGUAAAGACAAAGUUGUGGUGUACUUCACGAGCCUGAGAGGGAUUCGAAAGACAUACGAGGACUGUUGUGAGGUGAGGAUGAUUUUGAGAUCCAUGGGAGCUCGAGUGGACGAACGGGACGUAUCGAUGGAUUCAGGGUUCAAACAGGAGCUAAAGGAGCUACUAGGGGAAGGGUUCAACGGCGGCAGACUGCCGAGAGUGUUCGUGGGAGAAACGUACAUUGGUGGGGCAGAGGAAAUUAGGAGGCUGCACGAAGAUGGGGAGCUGGAGAAGGUACUGGAAGGGUGCGAGAAAGUGGAGGAGGGCGGCGGUGGGGUAGGCGGAGAGAGUGGCGUCAGCCGAGGCGGGGGUGGGUGUUGUGAGGGUUGUAGGGAAGUGAGGUUUGUGCCAUGUGAGAGGUGUUGUGGAAGCUGCAAAAUUUACUAUGAAGAAGGUGAAGAGGAGGAAGACGAAGAGGGCGGAUUCCAGCGGUGUCCUGAUUGUAAUGAAAAUGGGUUAAUUCGUUGUCCCAUUUGUUGUUCUUAGUGUAAUUCAAACAAAUUUUGUUCUUUAUUCUAGUUUUGGUUGUUGUCUGGAUUGGUUGUUGUACAGUGAAGAACAGGAUUUGGUUUGUUGUCUUGGGGAGAGUUGAGACUGGAUGUAAAAAUUUUCAGCUAAUACGAAGAAAAAACACCAUUAUUUAUGCUCAAAA